CUCUGUUUCUUUUUUCUUUUUUUUUCUCCCUCUUUCUUCUCCGUUUCUCUCUCUAGUCUCUCUAUUUGUGGUUUUUGGAGUGUUGUGUUGCUUCAACAAUGACGGACACCACAGAUGAUAUUGCAGAGGAAAUCUCUUUUCAGAGCUUUGAUGACGAUUGUAGGUUGCUGGGUAGUCUUCUCAACGAGGUGUUGCAGAGGGAAGUGGGAAGCAAUUUCAUGGAAAAAUUUGAAAGGAAUCGGAUCCUUGCUCAGAGUGCAUGCAAUAUGAGGGCGUCAGGGAUCGAGGACACUGCUGAGCUGCUUGAGAAGCAGCUCAUAUCGGAGAUAUCCGAAAUGAAUUUGGAGGAAGCGUUAACUCUCGCUCGAGCAUUCAGCCAUUAUCUUAAUCUGAUGGGUAUCGCCGAAACUCACCAUAGAUUACGUAAGGCACGAAAUGUGGCACAUAUGUCAAAAUCUUGUGAUGACAUUUUUAAUCAGCUGUUGCAGGGUGGAGUUUCUCCUGAGGAGCUUUAUAAUACUGUUUGCAAGCAGGAGGUUGAGAUUGUUCUUACUGCACAUCCCACACAGAUUAACAGACGUACUUUACAAUACAAACACAUCAGAAUUGCCCAUCUUUUAGACUAUAAUGACCGACCUAAUCUUGGUCAUGAGGACCGGGAAAUGCUGAUUGAAGAUCUGGUGAGAGAGAUAACUUCCAUAUGGCAGACAGAUGAGCUUAGGCGCCAGAAACCUACUGUUGUUGAUGAAGCUAGGGCUGGAUUGAACAUUGUGGAGCAGUCUCUUUGGAGAGCUGUACCUCAUUAUUUACGCCGUGUUAGCAAUGCUCUAAAGAAGCACACUGGGAAGUCACUUCCAUUGACUUGCACACCAAUAAAAUUUGGAUCUUGGAUGGGAGGUGAUAGAGAUGGAAAUCCAAAUGUAACUGCAGAGGUCACCCGAGACGUAUCUCUUUUAUCUAGGUGGAUGGCUAUUGAUCUCUACAUCCGGGAAGUUGAUAGCCUCAGAUUUGAACUUUCCAUGAACCGUUGCAGUGAUAGCUUGUCCAGAUUGGCACAUGAAAUUUUAGAAAAAGAAACUUCAUCAGUUGAUCGGAAUGAGAGUCGGAACCAACCACUGAACAGGAGCCAACUGAAACCUUACAGUCAGCUAGGUCCUACCCUUCCAAGACAACUUCCUGCAGGAGCUGACCUACCCUCUUGCACAGAAUGCAAGGAUGGGGAAUCUAAGUAUCCCAAAUUAGAAUUUCCUGGAACUGAUUACAUGCCAUUGAAUCGUCAGGAUGGUAAGGCUGCUUCAAGUUCAGAUACUUCAUUCCAGGAUUCCAAUAAGGACUUUGGCAAAACAUAUGGAAAUGGAACUGUAGCUAAUUCUAGCAAUUCUCAGUCAGCUGCGACACCCCGAACUGUUUCUUUCAGCUCUGGUCAACUCCUUUCUCAGAGGAAACUAUUUUCAGAAUCUCAGUUGGGAAGGUCCAGCUUCCAGAAGCUUCUGGAGCCAAGCCUACCUCAACGUCCUGGAAUUGCUCCUUAUAGGAUUGUUCUUGGAAAUGUAAAAGACAAGCUUAUGAAAACACAAAGACGGUUGGAGCUUCUUCUUGAGGAUCUUCCUUGCGAACAUGAUCCUGGGGAUUACUAUGAAACAGCAGACGAACUCUUGGAACCACUACUGCUGUGCCAUGAAUCUAUGCAAUCAUGUGGAUCUGGUGUCCUAGCUGAUGGUCGGCUUGCUGAUCUCAUCCGAAGAGUUGCUACCUUUAGAAUGGUAUUAAUGAAGCUUGACUUGCGCCAGGAAUCUGCUAGGCAUGCUGAAACACUAGAUGCAAUUACAAGUUUCCUGGAUAUGGGUAUAUAUAGUGAGUGGGAUGAAGAAAGAAAACUGGAUUUUCUGACAAGAGAGCUGAAAGGGAAGAGGCCUCUGGUUCCUCCAACUAUAGAAGUUGUUGCUGAUGUUAAAGAAGUGUUGGAUACCUUCCGAGUUGCUGCUGAGAUAGGGAGUGAUUCAUUUGGAGCAUAUGUGAUUUCUAUGGCCUCCAAUGCAAGCGAUGUCCUUGCUGUGGAGCUUCUGCAAAAAGAUGCCCGACUUGCUGUUAGUGGGGAGCUGGGCAGACCAUGUUCUGGUGGAACGCUACGGGUGGUUCCUCUAUUUGAAACUGUGAAGGACUUGAGGGGAGCUGGGGCAGUGAUCAGGAAAUUGUUAUCAAUAGAUUGGUACCGGGAGCAUAUUAUAAAGAACCAUAAUGGGCACCAGGAGGUGAUGGUUGGAUACUCUGACUCUGGUAAAGAUGCUGGGCGCUUCACUGCUGCUUGGGAACUUUACAAAGCACAAGAGGAUGUUGUAGCUGCAUGCAAUGAGUAUGGGAUUAAAGUUACUCUCUUCCAUGGGCGUGGAGGGAGUAUAGGUCGUGGUGGUGGCCCCACAUAUCUUGCCAUUCAAUCCCAACCACCUGGUUCUGUAAUGGGUACUCUCCGGUCAACUGAGCAAGGAGAGAUGGUUCAAGCUAAGUUUGGGUUACCACACACGGCUGUGCGGCAACUAGAAAUAUACACGACUGCUGUGCUGCUUGCAACCAUGCGGCCUCCACUUCCACCUAGGGAGGAAAAAUGGCGGAAUCUAAUGGAGGAGAUCUCGAAAAUCAGUGGCCAAUGUUAUAGGAGUACAGUUUAUGAAAACCCAGAAUUCCUAGCCUACUUCCAUGAAGCUACACCACAGGCUGAGCUUGGUUUCCUUAACAUAGGAAGCCGACCCACAAGAAGAAAAAACUCAACAGGAAUUGGACAUCUUCGUGCAAUUCCAUGGGUAUUUGCAUGGACUCAAACCAGAUUUGUCCUUCCUGCCUGGCUUGGAGUUGGGUCAGGUUUAAAGGGUGUUUGUGAGAAGGGGCAUAAAGAAGACCUAAUCGCAAUGUAUAAAGAAUGGCCUUUCUUCCAAUCUACCAUUGACCUUAUAGAGAUGGUCUUAGGGAAAGCGGAUAUUACCAUAGCCAAGCAUUAUGAUGAAGUUCUUGUGUCACCAAGUAGGCAAGAGCUUGGUGCUGACCUAAGGAGGGAGCUCUUGACAACAGGGAAGUAUGUCUUGGUGGUUACUGGGCAUGAUAAACUCUCUCAGAAUAAUCGAAGCUUGAGGAGACUGAUUGAGAGCCGGCUUCCUUUUCUCAAUCCAAUGAACAUGUUGCAGGUUGAGAUACUGAGGAGGUUGAGACGUGACGAUGAUAACAAUAAACUCAGAGAUGCCUUGCUUAUCACAAUAAAUGGGAUUGCUGCUGGGAUGAGGAACACAGGUUGAGUGAAACUGCUGCGCUCCAACGAGGCUCACUGUCAGCUGAAAGUCUUUCUCUUUGUUUCCAAAACAGCAAUCAUGUUAAGAGUUUGUCUACUGUAUCCAUAUCAGUCAUUAGGUUUUGUUAAAAAACAUAAACAUAUAGCACAACCGAAGUGGAACUUGCUCAUCAGGAUUGAAAAGUGUCGCAUUAUCUGAAGCGGACAUGAAUUCUCUAUUAUCUUAUAGGAGGAGGUUGUUGACAUAUA